AUGGAUAAUAAACUUUUACCGCCUGUGAAACCCUUACACUUAAAAUACGUAAAGAAAUUUACUCUAGAGCGUUUAAAACGUAUAAGAGAACGCAAUCUACUAUCAAACAACGAAGCUGGCACUUCGAAUGUAGCAAAACAUAAAAGUACUCUAAACCUAUCCACCUCCAAAGCGACUGAAACUCUUCAAAGGGUCUACCUAUUUGAAACUGAAGACAAGUACAAACAUAUAAAGCCAAAAACACUCACGACAUCUUUAAGGAACAAACAAUUUCAAGAUCAUUUAAAACAUCAUCAAUACACUGAUGUUGUUGGAGAACAAAUCGAAUUAAAAAAUAUGGCAAAUGAUAAUAAUGAACAAACAAAACCACUCACACAACCAAUCAUAUUACAAAAACCAAAAAUACAACCAAAGUACGAUGUGCAUCGCGAUGUACUCACACAUGAAGUGGUCAUCAAACAAACUGGCUAUGGAGCACGUGAUAAAAGCAUACCAUACGGCUUGAAACAAUGCUGGCAAGGUUGGUCAUUUUUAGCCAUCUUUACAGGUGUUUUACCAAUACUACAAUGGCUACCGAAAUACUCGUUAAAACGCGAUUUAUUAGGCGAUUUAAUAGCUGGGUUCACUGUUGCCGUAAUGCAUAUACCACACGGUAUGGCAUAUGGUUUAUUAGCCGGUGUAUCACCUGGAAAUGGUUUAUACAUGGCUAUAUUUCCCAGCAUUGUGUAUAUGAUAUUAGGUACCUCUAAACACAUAUCAAUGGGUACAUUUUCUGUUAUAAGCAUGAUGACAUUAAAAGUGGUACAAACGUAUGCAACGGAAGAAAAUGAUGGAGUAACCGGCGCUGAUGUGAUAACACCAAUAGAAAUUGCUACAUCAUUAGCAUUUACAGUAGGCAUAGUGCAUAUAGUAAUGGCAUUUUUCCGUUUGGGUACAUUAUCUUCCCUACUAAGUGAUCCACUCGUCAAUGGUUUUACUACCGCUGCUGCGUGCCAUGUUGUAGCAAGUCAAUUGAAAGAUGUGAUUGGCGUUGUGUUACCGCGUCACAAGGGCGCUUUCAAAAUUGUUAAAAUGGUUGUUGAUUUCUUUAUCGCUACACCACACACAAAUUUAGUUACACUGGGAUUUUGCAUUAGUGUUAUAGUUUUCAUGAGCAUAUGUAAUGAGUGCCUUAAACCUUGUUUGCGUAAACAUUGCCGAUUUCCGUUUCCCGCUGAAUUGAUCGCUGUUAUUGGUGGUACACUUAUUUCAAAGUUCUGUGAUUUAAAUGGUAAUUACGAUGUAAAGCUUGUCGGGCCAAUACCUGUAGGAUUACCGGAACCAACACUGCCACGUUGGGAUCUCAUACCGUUGGUUGCAACUGAUUCGAUAGCUAUAGCGAUAGUUAGUUACUCAAUUAUUAUGUCAAUGAGUCUUACUUUUGCAAAGAAACUUUCCUAUGAAGUGCGACCGAAUCAGGAAUUAUUUGCUUUGGGCAUUAGUAACUUUGUUGGUGGCUGUUUUGCUUGCAUACCAAAUGCAUGCUCCCUUUCUCGUUCUCUUAUACAGGAACAAGCCGGGGGUGUUACACAAUUGGCUUCAUUAGUUUCGUCUGGCCUUAUAUUAAUGACCAUAUUGUGGACAGGUCCAUUUUUUGCAGUAUUACCAAGGUGCGUUCUAGCAGGUGUUGUUAUUGUAGCUCUUAAGCCCAUGUUUAUGCAAGCGAAAGAGCUGAAGAAGUUUUUCAAACAAGGCAAACUUGAGGUGUUAACUUGGCUUUGUACAUUUUUUGCUGUAGUACUUAUCGAUAUUGAUAUUGGUUUACUUAUCGGUGUCAGCAUAUCUUUACUCACCCUUUACAUUAAAGGUCUAAAACCAUAUUCAGGAUUAUUGGGUAUCAUUCCUGAAGCUCCAGCGAUUUAUGUUGAUAUGCGCCUGCAUCGUAACGCUGUUGAUGUACCAGAUACUAAAAUAUUUCGUUAUACUGGGUCGCUUAACUUCGCUACUAACAUGUUUUUCCGUCGCUCGUUAUAUGAUGCACUCGGUUUAGAUACUCAAAAAAUAAGACGUGCUUCUUACAUGCCCGUAGCGCAAAAUGGCGAUGUUGUUAAUGGCGGAGGAAAAAUUAGUACAUUAGGUACCUUCCACUUCUUAAUUUUGGAUUUUUCUAUGUUAGGACAUGUCGAUGUAGCUGGUUGCCAUACACUCAGCGAUAUUAUGAAGGAAUUAAGUUUACGAGAUGUACGCUUAUUUUUGGCAAGUCCCGUAGAUCGGGUAUAUGAUACAAUAGUACAUAGCAUGGCAUUAGGUGAAGGACCAUUUGAAAUAUUUCCUACGCUACACGAUGCUGUGGAAUAUGCAAAUGCUUUCCGCACUGUGUGAAUAAAUGCGGUUAAUUAAGACUAAGAAAUUGUUUUAUAUCAAAAUGGUACUAAGAAAUUGUUUGUAUAGGCUAGUAUAUUUGCAAUUUUAGUUACAAAUAUAACUAAUAAAGGUGCAUAUAAUGCAUGACGUAUCGGAACUUAAUUUAGCCAAUAGAUUAUUUGUUUAAUUAAAUUUUUAUGUUCUUGAGUUGUUAAACAGUA